AUGCGCUUCGCUGCGAAAGCCAAAGCAGGGUCUCAAUUUUGGAGACCGUACGAUAUCGAUGAUGCUAUGGACCUGAACAACGCCUGCUUUGAGCCUUGGCGUAUCGUGAACGCUACAGAAAUCGAACGGCUGCGAAAGAAGGUUACGUAUGUAUGUAAUAGCCUACCCUAUACUUGGCCCAACGCAAGGUACAGCUACUCGGCAGCAACAGUCGGCCUUCGGUUCCUCGACUCACUUUACAAAUCUGCUCGCGAAACUAUCAGGAAAAUCGUGCUGCUAGAAGACCAUCAGUCCAUAGCGGACCCUGCAAGUCACGGCAGAGGGUACAUCACUCUCUGUCAAUCGCAUCCGCAAAUGCGAGUCGAGCGCGUGGUCAAUCUCUGGGAAACGGUGUUUCCUGUCGCAAGUUCCAGUAUCCAUGACUUCCUACACGGCAACCAGAACCUUGUCACGGAAGGACUGUUGGAUGAUGAACGAUGCCCUGCUGGUGAAAUAACCAAGGCAGUGGGUAUGUGGAUAAAAGAGGCCAUGGUUCUAUUUGCACUGGGUAUGCCCAAAGAUUCCUUCACGUUGGUACUCGAUGGCAACCCUAUCCCGGAACACACCUCCCACGUUUUUAGCACGCUUCAGCGCGAUGCUGCCUGGCAAGACGCCUUCGACGCCUGCUACGUUCGUGGUAUACUAGCAGAACCGUCCUGGUUUGAUCGGCGAAUCAACCAAGGGUACAUGUAUGAAGGACUGCCUGAAGUGGUUCGCACGCUGUCGCCCAUCAGCUCGCCGAUUCGUACGAACUUCCUCCUUGGUUCUGCGGAAUCCUAUGACGUCGAGCGGCUACUACAGGAGAAUCAAGGAUGGUCUCUCCAGGACUGGAAGGAAGGCUGGGCAAGACAUGAGCCGGAAGAGUUCCAGACCGAGGCGCCGCUGCCCCCAUGGCACCUUCUGCGGUGGGGUAACGUCAUCUUGUAA